GUUCGCUUGUGGAGGUGAGACCGGUAUCCGGGCACUCUAGCACGUUGUGAAGCCACUAGGUCUUCAGCAUCCGUUACGACAAUUCAAAUAAUCAAUCUAUUGAAAAGCAACCGUUUUAAUACAACUGACCAAUUGAGAUUUCCAGUCGACCAAAGAAAUGGUGAUGGAGAAGCCAAGUGCCCAGCUGGUCGGGCGAGAGUUUGUCCGACAGUAUUACACACUCCUGAACCAGGCUCCAGACUACCUACACAGGUUUUAUGGAAAGAGCUCCUCUUACGUGCACGGCGGGCUGGACAGUAACGGCAAACCACUAGAGGCCGUUUACGGGCAAGCUGAGAUCCAUAAGAGAGUGAUGGCUCUGAGUUUCCGUGAUUGUCACACCAAGAUCCGACACGUGGAUGCCCACGCCACCCUGAACGAAGGUGUGGUGGUCCAGGUGAUGGGCGAGCUCUCCAACAACAUGCAACCGAUGAGGAAGUUCAUGCAGACGUUUGUUCUGGCACCCGAGGGCACGGUUGCAAAUAAAUUCUAUGUCCACAACGACGUGUUUCGCUACCAAGACGAAGUGUUUGGUGACUCAGACUCUGAACUUCCAGAAGAGUCCGAAGAUGAGGUGGAGGAGCUGGACAGGGUCCCCUCCCCUGAUGUGGCCCCAGAGGAGUCUGCCCCCUUCUACGACCCGACAGCUUGUUCAGAACCAGCAGCUCCUGGUGACGAGGAGGAGGAAGUUGCAGUGAGCCCAGAACCAGAGCACGAGGUGGAGAAGGAGGUGGAGGCUACUGAGGUAGAGCUGAAAGCAGAGGUGAUGCUGGAGACGCAGACGGAGACCCUCACCAUUGAGGAUCAGACGGAGAAAAGUCCCUCAACGGUCGUUCCUCUCACCACAGAACCUGCGUCUGCACCGGCUGAAGGCACUCCGCCUGCUCCAGAGGAAAACAGGUUCUCCUGGGCAUCAGUUACCAGUAAGAACCUCCAUCCCAGUGUGCCUGUCCCAGUCUCGGGAAUCUCUCCGCAUGUUGUAAAAGCCCCUCCCACAGCUCAGCCGAGAGUGGAGGCAAAGUCAGAGACCCAGACAGCACAGAGACCACAGAGAGACCAGAGGCCGAGAGAACAGAGGCCUGGAGGUCCUCCACCCACCAACAGAGGGCCAAGGCCAGUUCGAGAAGGUGAGCAGGGUGAGUUAGAGGGUCGCAGGAUGAUUCGGUACCCAGAUGCCCACCAGCUCUUCGUAGGUAACGUUCCUCAUGAUGUGGACAAGACGGAACUGAAGGAGUUCUUUGAACAAUACGGGAAUGUUCUGGAGCUGCGGAUCAACAGUGGAGGGAAGCUCCCAAACUUCGGCUUCGUUGUGUUUGACGAUUCUGAACCUGUACAGAAGAUCCUCAGCAACCGGCCCAUCAAGUUCAGAGGUGACGUCCGUCUAAAUGUGGAGGAGAAGAAAACCCGGUCAGCCAGAGAGGGCGACAGGCGAGACGUGAGGCCCCGUGGUCCAGGUGGUCCCGGUGGCCCCAGAGAGCGAAUAGGAGGCGGCGGGGGACCAAGGGGGCCCCCUACCCGUGGCGGCAUGUCACAGAAACCCAGCUUCGGUUCUGGACGGGGGUCUGGGACUGCUGAGGGGCGCUACUCCGCUCCUCGUCAGUGAACCAGCCAGGAGUUAGAUUAACCGUCUGGAUUCAGUCUUUACUGGUUUUUGAAUUUUUCUGCAACAGGAACCGAUUGGAAAAAGCUAAAUUAGAGGAAAACUCCCUUUUUUACAUCUAGGAGAGAAAAUCGGCAGGAAUUAUAGAUUUGGAGUCAAGAAUUUGGGUUGCUGCUCAUGUGUUGCCUGACUAGUGAAUCAUUUCUGCAAUAUUCUGUCUCCUAAAUGUUUUCGGCUCAAGUUUGGUCAAACGUUAAACAUGAAGUCACAUCUGCUGAAUUCAGGCGGCAGUCAUCCAUCUGUUUGUUCUACCACAAACCUCCCAUCCCAUCCCACCACAUCAGAGCAGAGUCCCGCCAAUUGACACUCAAGAGACACAUCUUUACAGUUCAGGGGAAAAACUGCUGCAUGCAGAGACUCGUUGAAAGAGACAGGAGUGCUGAUGCAGAGGACUGUGUUUAGCAUUCCCACACAGAGUUCUGAAGAAUGCCUCCAAGUUCGCCAUCUGUCUAUCGUAACCCCUCCCAAAACUGCCGGAGUGUUUUUUCUGUUUUUGUUCUGAUGGUCUGGAAAAACGAGAUUGGAACCAUCAUAACUGCGUUCUCUCCUGAAGCUGAGUUGCUCCUCCUGUGAACAGCUGUUUGCUCCCAUCUCAGCGGCGCUCCCUCCUGAAUCCAAACGUUGGCUUGUACAGGAGACGUAGCCACCUCCUCAGUCAGACCAGCCCUGGAUGUUUUCAUUGCUUUCACAUGUUUUACCUGGACUUUUAGUCGGCUUUUUUCAUAUUUUUUUUUUUUCCAUGCUAAACUUGAAUUUAACAAAUCAGAACACACAAACAGAUGAAAAAGGGUAAAUACUACUUGAAUUGGGGAUUUGAAAACCCAGAUGUUGUUUCGCGUUCUCUCCCUGUUUCUUAAAGGAACGUGUACUUUUACUGCUUGGGCAAUCCUGUGUAUUGCUGCCACCGUUGUAUCUAGCAAUGGAUCUGUCUUUUUAUUCUAUCAGGUCAAAGAGCUGAAAUGUUGUAGUUUUUAUUUUAGUAAUGUCUGAUUGGAGCAUGUAUCAAAACCUGUCAGACUUGUACUACCGAUGCACUUCAUCUGUCAUCUGAAAAAUAAGCUCACACCGACGAGAGAACUAAAUUAAAAGCGAUUUACUGUUUUAA